CCGACUCUUCAAACCUCAACCCACAGAACUUGACGUUUCAGUCUCCGCUCAACUCGCGGUUAAAUCGAUUGAUUCUCUUGUUCGUUGAACGAUCAACUAAGAGUAUGCGAUACCUUUUCUCUUCACUCCCGCGAGUUCUACGGCGGACAAAUUUGAAAUGCUCCGCCGUGCUCGUGCGUGACGAUGGAUCCUUGGAACAGAUGCGCUGACGGCAACGACUCCUACAGACUCCAUAAAAAUGAAGCACCUUGCCGCUUACCUUCUCCUCGGUGUUGGUGGUAACACCAACCCCUCUGCCGCCGACGUCAAGGCCGUCCUUGAGUCUGUUGGUAUCGAGGCCGACAACGACCGCCUUGACAAGCUCGUUGCUGAGCUCGAAGGCAAGGACAUCGCCGAGUUGAUCUCCCAGGGUACCGAGAAGCUCGCCAGCGUUCCCUCUGGUGGCGCUGGUGCUGCUGCCGCCCCCGCUGCCGGCGGUGCCGCCGCUCCUGCUGAGGAGAAGGCCGAGGAGAAGAAGGAGGAGGAGAAGGAGGAGUCUGACGAGGACAUGGGCUUCGGUCUCUUCGACUAAGCGCGUUCUCCAAGUUCUGUGGCCAUGCAGACUACUGUUAUGCAAAAUAUAGGCAUUAUGUAGCGCUGCGACAAAAUGGAAAGUCCUUUGAGGAUGAUACCCUUUUUCAUCACUGGCUUUUACUUGUGUGCUAUGCUGUGCGCUUGUUUCGUGAUUUUGUGGCCAAAAUUGCAUCAAUGAUUCGCUGGAUGAUAUAUCAUUUAUGCACUUUUAUCAUUCCGAAUUCCGUUAAUCC